AUUUAGGCCGUGAAUUAUGUUUGGGCCGUUGGGCCACGUGUAAUAAGUAGGGACGGGGAUGCCUCUCCAUUAACCCUUGACUACUGCGCAGCUUCGCGCCGCACUGCAAGGGCAUCUCCAUCUCGCCGCCGCCGACGUUGCAUCCAUUACGAUCAUGAAUCGUGAGAAGCUUAUCAAGAUGGCUGGUGCAGUCCGCACAGGUGGAAAAGGCAGUAUGCGCAGAAAGAAGAAGGCAGUGCACAAAAGCCCAACUACAGAUGACAAGAAACUUCAGAGCACGUUGAGAAGAAUUGGGGUAAAUACUAUCCCUGCUAUAGAAGAGGUCAACAUUUUUAAAGAUGAUGUUGUCAUCCAGUUUCUGAAUCCCAAAGUGCAAGCUUCGAUUGCAGCCAAUACAUGGGUGGUUAGCGGUUCUCCUCAGACUAAAAAACUUCAGGACUUGCUCCCUACAAUCAUCAACCAGCUAGGUCCUGAUAAUCUAGAAAACCUACGAAGGCUCGCUGAGCAAUUCCAGAAACAAGCACCUGAUGCUGCUCCUGCUGCUAAAGGUGGAGAAGAAGAUGAUGAUGAUGUCCCAGAGCUUGUGCACGGAGAGACAUUUGAACAGGCUGCAGUGGAGAAACAAGCUUCAUAGAUAUGGAUCUUCCAACAAGUUUGCACUCUGUUUUCUAUGUUAUAAUUGUUGAGCCUAUUGCAAUUUGUGAUAGUAAUCAGAACCAGUUGCUUGGUUAGUGAAUAGGAGUUGACCUACAUUGGCUGAGCCCGAGUCAUGUUUUUUUGACCCUUAAUGUCGUGGAGAUUAAUAACAUUCAAGUAUUUUGAGCUUA